AUGACUGGAGUUCAAGAGGACCGUAUUUCACCUUUUUCAGCAGAUGAGAAAGAACAAGCAUUGCUUGCUUUGUGUUCUGAUGAAUCAGUUUCCUCUAAGAGGCCUGAUAAUGCAUCAAUGGAAGCAAUUGGCCAAUUAGGCGAGCAUAUCAUACCACAGAAACAUUUGUCUAAGUAUAUAAUGGGAAUCAAGAAGGUUUCAAAUCCCAAGUCAGCCAGGAGAUCAAGGCGGAGAAAACAAGCGCAUUUGUUUGAACUUGAGUCUCAGGUUGGAAAACUGAAACUGGAAAAUGCAACCCUAUACAAACAGUUUACGGAUGCUAGUCAACAAUUUCACGAGGCUGAUACAAAUAACCAAGUGCUAAAAUCAGAUGUAGAAGCUUUGAGAGCUAAGGUAUACGGAGAGCUUAUGUUAUAG